AUGUCCAGCGGCGGAACAAUUGACCCUUGUGUUUUGUGUGAGUUCGGCAUGACCCUGGGGCCCACUGCCCUGCCGGCGGCCAGGCGUAUCACCGCCUCAAAGGCCAGCCGUGUGGAACCAGCCAGGCCAGAGAGCCGGGGUUUUGAGAGAGAGAUGACGUGCCGAUCGUGGGGGCAGUACAACUUUGAGACCUUUGAUGGGUUGUACUUCUACUACCCUGGCAAAUGCACAUACACUCUGCUGAGGGACUGUGAGGACACCACUCAGUCCAGUGUUCUCAUCCAGGUCCUGCUGGCUAAUGUUACUUAUUUUGCUGUACAGAUUCACAAUGACCCAGGCUGUGGGCCCUCUCCGUACACCUGUGCCCGGUCUGUCAGUCUCUUUCUGCCAUGGGAAGGGGAGAUCAGGUUGCAAAACUUCACGGUUACCUUUAAAGGCCAAAGGGUUGAGCUCCCGUACAACAUCCAUGACAUCGAGCUGGAGAGGAUAUCUCAGUACAUCCUGGUCACUCAGCAUCACGGCUUCACUCUGGCCUGGGAGGGCGACAACGGCUCCGUCUACAUCAAGAUGAGUCCAGAGUACGUGGGCAGGACCUGUGGACUGUGUGGCAAUUUCAACGCAGAUGUUCAGGAUGAUCUGAAGACCAGCUAUGGCCUCAUCACUGAAGACGUGGCCAUGUUUGGGAACAGCUGGACGGAGGAGGAGCCACACCAGGCCAGCUGCCCCAUGGUGCCCUCAUUGUACCCUUCGCCCUGUGCUGCCCAGGAUGCCCACACACGGCUGAAAGUUGAAGAAGUUUGUGCAACACUACUGAAGAGCCCUUUUCAAUCGUGCCAUGAGUUUGUCAGCCCUUAUUCUUUUAUGGCCAGUUGCUCAAACGACCUCUGCCUGUCUGGUCCCAGUGGUGAUGCAGUAUGCCAAGUAUUUACGGAGUAUGCUAGGGCCUGUGCCCAUGCGGGUCACACGCUGCAUGACUGGAGAUCGCACAUACAAGCGUGUGCUGUCUCCUGCCCAGUGGAACUUGUGUACAAUGAGUGCAUCACCUGCUGCCCCGUGUCCUGUAACGUGGAGAGGAUGUGCAUCGACAGCAAGCUCCAGUGCCUGGACGGAUGCUACUGCCCCGAUGAUCUGAUCUUUGAGGACGGGAGCUGUGUCAAGGCCUCGGACUGCCCCUGUGAGUUCCAUGGCAUGCUCUACCCCCCUGGUCAAGUGGUCCAGGAGGAGUGCAAUAACUGCACCUGCCUGGGGGGAGUGUGGAACUGCACCGACUACACCUGUCCAGGUGAAUGCUCCGUCACUGGCGAUAUGUUCUUCCAGUCCUUUGAUGGACGUGUUUACACCUUCCCAGCCACGUGUCAGUACGUUCUGGCCAAGAGUCGCAAUUCUGGAAAAUUCACCAUCACCAUACAGAAUGCGCCUUGUGGACCAAAUCUGGAUGGGGCUUGCAUCCAAUCAGUUAACCUGGUCGUUGACGAGGAUCCAAGGACGGAGAUUACAAUGAGCCACAUUGGCGAGGUCUUCGUGUCUAGCCAGUACCGAAUAUCCCUGCCCUAUUCAGACGAGAUGUUCCAUAUCCAGGAGCUGUCCACCAUGUUCCUGCAGGUGAAGACCUCGCAGGGCCUGCGGCUGCAGUACAACUGGCGGGAGUUCCGCCUCUACCUGCAGGUGUCGGAGCUGUGGAAGGAGGACACGGUGGGCCUGUGCGGGACCUUCAAUGGGAACAUUCAGGAUGACUUCCUGGCUCCGUCUGGCAUGAUAGAGAGCACUCCACAGCUGUUUGGGAAUGCCUGGCGUGUGCCCUCGGCGUGCAUGCCCAGCCUCAGCCUGCCACAGCUGGACCCCUGUGAUACCCACCAGCAGAUCGCGUCCUACGCAUCUCAGAUGUGUGACGUCCUGAACCAGGCGCUGUUUGCGCCCUGCCAUGCCUACCUGAGCCCCGUGCCCUUCCACCAGCAGUGCCGGGCAGACACCUGUAAGUGCGGGCAGCCCUGCCUCUGCUCCGCCCUGGCACACUACGCCCGCCACUGCCGCCGCUUCUCCAUCAUCGUCGACUUCAGAGCCCAGGUGGCCGACUGCGCGAUCACGUGCCCAGCGACCAUGGAGUAUGGCAUGUGUGUGUCGGCGUGCCAGCGGCGAUGCCAGUUUCUCUCCAUGCCCCACCUCUGUGGAGACGAGUGUGAGGAGGGCUGUGUUUGCCCUCUCGGAACGUUCUACAACACGCGCACCCGCAGCUAUAAGACUUGCCCCCCUGGCCAGCGCUAUCACGAGUGCAACGAGGUGACGGGCAGCUUGGCCCGGAGCAAAGGCGUGGCCUGUGAGGAGACCUGCGAGUCCCACCUGCUGCACCUCACCUGCUCCACGCACGAGCCCUGCAUCCCUGGCUGCGUCUGUCCAGAGGGCUUGCUGAAACACGGAGAUGAGUGUUUCUGGCCUGAAGCCUGUCCCUGCAUCUGGAAAGGGAAAGAGUACUUCCCUGGAGACCAAGUCACCUCCCCGUGUCACCAGUGUGUUUGCCAGCAUGGGACGUUCCAGUGCGUCUUCCAGCCGUGUCCGUCGAUGUGCACUGCCUAUGGAGACCGCCAUUACCGCACAUUUGAUGGGCUGCUGUUUGACUACGUCGGGGUGUGCAAGGUGUACUUAGUGAAGAGUAAUGUGGAUUCAAUGCUGAGUGUGUCAGCUGAGAAUGUGGAUUGUUAUGAAAGUGGAGUGAUCUGCCGAAAGUCAUUGCUCAUCACUAUUGGCCGAUCUGUCAUUGCCUUUGAUGAUGACAGUGGCAAACCUAGCCCGUCGAGCGUGGUGGACAGGAGGCAGGGCAUGUACAUCUGGCAGGCGGGCUACUUCACCAUUGUGCACAUCCCUGAGGCGGACGUCACCGUGCUGUGGGACAGGAAGACCACCGUCCACAUCCAGGCUGGACCUCGUUGGCAGGGUAAACUCUCAGGUCUCUGUGGGAACUUUGACCUGAGGACGGUGAAUGAGAUGAGAACUCCGGAGAAUAUCGAUUCUGCAACCCCGCAAGAGUUUGGAAACAGCUGGACCGCUGCCGAGUGUGUUAACAGCCCUGACAUCAGACACCCAUGCAGCCUGAGUCCCCUUCGUGAGCCGUUUGCUAAAAGGCAAUGUGGUAUUCUACUGAGUGAAGUCUUCCACGUCUGCCACCCAGUGGUUGAUGUGACGUGGUUCUACAUGAACUGCCUGGCAGACACCUGUGGCUGUAACAGAGGUGGGGACUGUGAGUGUUUCUGCACCAGCGUGGCAGCGUACGCCCACCAGUGCUGCCAGCAGGGCGUCACCGUAGACUGGCGCAGCCCCUCAGUUUGCCCGUAUGACUGUGAAUAUUACAACAAAGUUCUGGGCAAAGGGCCUUACCAGUUGACCACGUACAGGGAGAGGGACACAGUGAUCGCAGCCAACAGGACCAGUGGGGUUGUUCUGCCCAGGAGGAGAUCCACUGUUGGCUAUGGGCUCCUGUCCACAUUCAUGAUGACCCCGGGCCUCAGCAGAGCGCGGCCACAUGAUACAUCACUUGUGUCCUUUGAGGCUGCGGACAGACCAAACUACUUCCUACGGGUGGACAGGGGUGGACAUCUCAGGCUUUCGAAGUGGCAGGACAGUGAGGCCUUCUUCGACCAGUGCACGUUUGUCCUCCACCGGGACACCUGGAUCCCCGGCUACGACUCGCUGGAGUCCUUCUCCAAGCCGGGCUUCUUCCUGCACUACAUGAUCUCGUGGGUUCACCUCAUGAAGUACAACCACUCCGACGGAUUCCGCAGAGCCACACUCUUCAGGCUAGCAGCCCUGUCUGCAGAGUACCAGAUCGGACCACGGUGCCAGUGGCGGUACGAGUCGUGUGUCAGCCCCUGCUUCAGGACCUGUAGCGACCCGUCAGGCCAGAGCUGCGUCACCAUUCUAAAAGUGGAGGGAUGUCUCCCUGUCUGUCCGGCUCACAUGGUCUUGGAUGAGCUCACCCAGAGAUGCGUCCAUCUGGAAGACUGCCCCAUCAACCCCCACCCCUGCUGUGGAGACCUUCAGCACCACAGUGCGUGCCCCAAGCACCAGUGCCGAUCAAGUGGUCACUCCAACCACUACUGUUACCGCCAUGGUGGCCACAGGGUCAACCCAGCCCUCGACGUCGGCGGUAGCAACAGGCGCAUUAGAGUCCUCCUCUGCGACGGUCAGACCGGUGGUGGUGGACUCUGUGAGGACAACUGUGACCGCAGAGACCACGAGCAGGACACCCAGCCCCUCGGCCACUCCUGUUUCUGCCAGCACUCAGAGAACGACUCCAGUAACAGCUACGACAAAGCUGACAACUACGAGAGAAACACCGUCACCCACUGCGUAUACCUCAAGAACAUCUUGGUCACCAGGUGUGUCAACCACGGAAAAGUUUACAAAGACCUCUGCGUGCCGACCACAAAGACCACGACAUACAGACCACACGUGGAGGUCACCAGCGUCACGGCCCAGCCCAGCACACGAAGAACGACAGACUGGCAGACACGUCCGCCUUAUCCAGAAACGUCUUCCACGCCUGUCGCCGUCACACAGAGAAGUGCCUCCGGUCACAGGGAGGGUCGAGGUGUCGACAACAGCAGCCACCACAUCCCGGCCCUCGCCAUGGUCACCCGUGGUCUACACGACAUCCACCCCAGCGACCUCAAGACCAAGCACUCCUGCGGAGAAGGUCACCACCAGAGUGACCCCUACUGCCCAAACUACACGGACGACGACAACGCUUCGAACGACGUCCAGAGUCACUCCGUCCACAGCAGCGCCCCCUGGAACCCCCACUGUGACGUCCACUGCAGGCACCACCACUGCCAGAAUCACAGAAGCAACGCAACGCGUGAGGACAACGGAGACGUCACGGUCACCCGUCACUCAGCCCACCUCAGAGGAGUCAUCCGAGGCCCCAGACACCCCCGCUGCCUCUGGGGUACCCACCACCAUGACUGCCCCCUCUACCAGGAUGUGCACAAAAUUAUUGAUGAAUGUACCAAGUACAUCUGUGUCGGUGGACAACUGGUUUUGUUCAACAAGUCUCAGAGUUGCCCUUAUAACUCUGUUCCUCCUAACUGUGGCCUUCUGGGCUUUGCUAUUCUUGUGAAUGGAGACAAGUGCUGUCCUAAAUGGGAUUGUCCAUGUCGCUGUUCUGUUUUUCCUGACCUUAAUGUCAUCACCUUCGAUGGCAACAGCGUGGCCAUCUACAAAGCAGCUUCUUAUGUUGUGACCCAGCUGCCCAAUGAGACUGUCAGCAUCUUAGUCCAAGAGUGCCCAGUUUCAGAUGCACUACUGUGGAACUUCACAAAUCUCUGUCUGGUCGCUCUGAACAUAACACACAAAUCACACAAUGUCCUCAUCAACAGACUCCAGAGAAGGUUAUAUGUGAACUCCAGGUAUGCCAAGCCCCGCUUUAGGAAGCAUGGAUUUGAGAUCCUGGACACAGGCAACAUGUAUCUGAUCAGGACUCCGACAGGACUGAAGAUCCAGUGGUUUCACAGCACUGGCAUGAUGGUUCUGGAAACAGACACAUACAACAAAAAACUGCCCACCAUGGGCCUAUGUGGUUGUUGUGAUGGUAACCCAGCUAAUGACCUGACCCUGUCCAACGGCACUACGGUGGGGGAGAGCGAGGACCCCGCUGUGUUCAUCGACAGCUGGCAGCUCCCCAACACCACCGGCUACGUCAGCCAGAGCCGCCGGCGCGAGGUCAACUGCUCCACCAGCGACUGCUCCGAGUGCCUGGACAUGCUGCACAACACCAGCUUCAUCCCCUGCCAUGACUACGUCCCCCCUGCGACAUUCUGUGAACUGUGGGUACGAGAUGCAGAGUAUGUCAACAAUCCAUGUGUGGCACUGGCCGCAUAUGUUGCCUCUUGUCACAAAUUCAAUGUCUGUAUUGAGUGGAGGAGCCCUGACUACUGCCCCUUCCUCUGCCCGGAGACUCUGCGCUACCAGGCGUGCUUAACCACGUGCACGGCGCAGUCGUGCCCCAACCAUGAGUUUGAGUACGACCCCGAGCAGUGCUCCGGCCUGACCGAGGGCUGUGUGUGUCCAGAGGGGACCCUCCUACACCGGCCCUACUCCUCCCUCUGCAUACCGCCCAGCAAGUGUGCGUGCACGGACAGCUUCGGGACGCCGCGUGCCGUGGGGGAGGUGUGGAAGGCCUCCAAAGAUGGCUGCUGCAUGUACAGGUGUGAGAACGACACCAUCGUGCCGGUGGAGUACAACUGCACGGAGACGCCUCCGCUCGAGUGCAAGAGAGCGGGAGAGGUGGUCAUCAGCCUGGCCGACGACAAGAGCUGCUGCCCACAGAAAGCCUGUGUGUGUAACCAAACUCUUUGUGAUGCUGCACCUCCUGAGUGCAAGUUUGGAGAGAGGGGGGUGUCCUACUUCAGGGAGGACUCCUGCUGCCCCGACUAUGCCUGUGAGUGUGACCCCGAGCUGUGUGAGACAGAGGUGCCGCCCUGUCGGGAAGACCAGACCCUAAUCGCCACAAAGGCUGAUGGGAGCUGCUGCCUGGCAUACAUUUGCAUAUGUGACACAUGCCCAGAGAUGAUUCCGAAAUGUGAGGAGGGGGAGCUGCUGACGGUGGACGCGAACAGCACUGACCGAUGCUGCCCGGCCUAUCACUGUGUGUGUGAGCCGUUUCGCUGCGCGGAGUUCUCCUGUCCGCCGGGUAUGGCUGUAUCUGUGGACAGCCUCCCAGGCCGCUGCUGCCCCCAGCACACAUGUGAGUGUGCAUGUGACGCUGCGGCUCCAAGUCUGAAAUGUGCGCUGGGAGAGAUCGUGCAGCCUGACAGAUCAUAUCAGUCUGACCCCAUAAACCAGUGCGGUUGUAAGAGAUACAAGUGUGUGCGAGACGCUGUGUGUGUGGACGGGGAGAGGGGUGUGAUGCGGCCUGGCCAGACCCUGGUGGAGCACAGCAACCAGGGCGUGUGUUACGCCACACACUGCUCAGACACACUCGACCCGCACUCCGGCUACCACCUCAUACGGACCACCAGCACAAACUGCUCUGCUCAGUGCUACCCGAAUCAGAUGUAUAUCCCACCCAAAGACCUGUCCUCAUGCUGUGGAGUCUGUAGGAACAUCUCCUGCCUCUACAAGAAUGAAAAUGGCUCCAUCACUCUGUAUAAGCCAGGGAAGACGUGGGUGUCGGACUGCAUGAGGUAUGAAUGCGCAGACACCCAGUCUGGGCCCACCCUCAUCUCCUACUCCUACAGCUGCCCCCCCUUCAACGAGACAGAGUGCAUGAAGAUUGGCGGUACCAUAGUAAGUUACAUGGAUGGAUGCUGUCGAACAUGUAAAGAAGAUGGCAAGUCAUGCCAGAAGGUGACUGUAAGGAUGACGAUCAGAAAAAAUGACUGUCGAAGCAACAGACCGGUGAACAUAGUAUCAUGUGACGGGAAGUGCCCUUCAGCCAGCAUCUACAACUACAACAUCAACACGUACGCGCGCUUCUGUAAGUGCUGUCGCGAGAUGGGCCUGCAGCGCCGCACCGUCCAGCUCUACUGCAGCGGCAACUCCACCUGGGUCAACUACGCCAUCCAGGAGCCCACCGACUGCUCCUGCCAGUGGUCGUAGGUACGCCACCACCCCCCCUCCCCUACCCAGUAGGUCUUCCAGUGCCAGGGGGCACCACGUCUCACGGCAUGCCAUCCCAACCCAGAGCUGGCACCACGUGGGGGGCAGACCAGGUAGUGCCAGGGGCCAGCUGAGACGUUUGAGAGUAGGGACGCCAUGCCGGUCUGAACAUCAGCGCCUGGUUUUGGUGACACAUUAACACUGAGGUUUGUUUUUGAAAUGGUGGCGGAAUAUUUUCGUUCAAAUAUUUAUUUGACAGAAAUUUCAAAACACUGUAAUGUACAGGUAGUGAGUCUGGAUGUUAGGUUGAAGUCAGGUGUAUGAAAUUGCAGAUCCUCACACUGGGUCUCACUCUGCGGUCGCAAAACAUGAGCAGGUCCCACAAGCCUGUGAGAUACACAUCGUUUCACUUGAUUAGAUUCAAAGCAAACCCUAUUUUAAUGGUUACCUCUACUCCCUCAAAAAAUGGCGAGGAUCUCCACACACAAAAGACAUUUUGAAGACCAUUUUCGUUAUUCAUUUAUUGCAGAGGCCAAAAAAGAAGGUGCUUCACAAUUUUAGAAUUCUGUAAGGAGUAUGUGUAUGUCUAAAGAAAAACUGUAAUAUUAUAAUCAACACCAGUACCAGUAUAAAAAAGGACUAGUCUUAGAGCACUUAUCGGGAAAGUCUCACCAAAUAAACAGCAUUGUUAGAUAAAGAACCUAGGCAUUUCUACAGCAAACUGGAGCACUCAUUAUGUUACAUUAUUAUGAAAUAAUAAUAUAUUAUAUUCAUUAUGAAAAAGGAUAAAUACAUUUUGACCAACAGACCACAUCUGACAUACUAUGAGGAUAGAAAUAUCUUGACAACAUAUUGUGAUACCUGAUCAUGACGAUGUACAGUGUGGCAUUAUUCAUUUGAACAGAAGUGAUUGUGGACAGAACAGCUCCAUAUCCUUUAGCUGGGUUGACAGGGGAAGCUUUAUAGGAGCAUAGCACAUUAGUCUCAUCCAGCAGCACACUUCAAUUGUUUCAAAAUGUACAUAAACGAAUGUACUGGAUUUUGUUCCCAUUCAAAUCAUUUCUACAUUGACAUAGUAUGAACUGCAUUAUGUUUUUAACCUUAGCUAUAAUGAUACUGCAAUGCACUGUAUAUUAAUGAUUUAAGAGGCUUUAUAACCAAAUUAGGAAACAUUCUGUUAAAUCCAAAUCAAGCUGUAUUUUGAGCACUUUAUUUAUUUAUUUCUUGGCAACAUAGAGCUAUAACUCUCAAACUACAACGCUGACCAUGCAUACAUUUAUUUUGGGCUCAAACAGUUCAACUCCACAGCUUUUUUACAAACUUUAAAUGAAUGUCAGAGAUUGUAAAAAUACGCUGACAAAAAUAUUAAUAUCACAUUACAUUAACAUCCAUGAUGAAGAAUUCUCUUCCAUAACAUGAAAAAUUGCAGUAUUUCUUUCAUGUCAUGUACACCAUACAAGCGCUUUGUCAUGAUUUGUGUGUGUGUGUGUGUGUGUGUGUGUGUGUGUGUGUGUGUGUGUGUGUGUGUGUGUGUGUUUGUUUGUAUGUUUGUGUGUGUAUGUGUAUAUGUAUGUGCAUGAAAUUUGGUAAUUGUCACACAUUUUGAUCAUUCGAA